CUGAAGAAUGGGAAUAAACACGAAUAAAUAACAAAGCGAGGCCGCGCACGCCGGGAUGCGCCUGGCUGCAGCAGGCAAGGCUAUUGUCUCCCCGCCCUGACGCCAGCCCCGGCAUCUUUUUUCAGCUCUUUUCCUUUCCCGGCCCUUUUAAAAUUUUCUUUUUUAAAAAGACGCCCCCUCCAGCCCCCUCGCCGGUGACCUUGGCCGUCUCGGAUCCUCUGAUUCCACGCGGCUCGCUCUAACUUGCCCCCGCGCCGGCCGGGCCCAUGGCCGCGUCGGAGGACGGGAGCGGCUGCCUAGUGUCGCGGGGCCGCUCGCAGAGUGACCCCAGCGUCCUCACCGACUCCUCGGCCACCUCCUCCGCGGACGCCGGGGAGAACCCAGAUGAGAUGGACCAAACGCCUCCGGCGCGUCCUGAAUAUCUGGUCUCAGGGAUUCGAACUCCCCCUGUGAGGAGGAACAGCAAACUGGCCACCCUGGGCAGGAUCUUCAAACCCUGGAAAUGGAGGAAAAAGAAAAACGAAAAACUGAAGUAGACCACGUCAGCACUGGAGAAGAAGAUGGCUGGCAGGCAAGGCCGAGAGGAGCUCAUCAAGAAGGGGCUGCUGGAGAUGAUGGAGCAGGAUGCUGAAAGCAAAGCAUGCAACCCCGAUGGAGGACCCCGAUCCAUGCAGAGUGAACCACCUACUCCCAAGCCAGAGAUGCUGACUUCAGAAGAUGCCCAGCCCGGAAGCCCCUUGGCCACUGGGACGGACCAGGUCUCCCUGGAUGAGCCACUGUCCUCAGCCGCCCACUUGGACGAUGCAGCCAAGAUGCCAUCUGCAUCCAGUGGUGAAGAAGCAGACGCUGGCAGCCUCCUGACCACAACGGAUGAGCUCUCCCAAGCCUUAGCUGGGUCUGACUCCCUGGACAGUCCUCCCAGACCUCUGGAGAGAUCCGUGGGCCAGCUCCCCAGCCCCCCACUGCUGCCCACUCCGCCACCCAAGGCAAGCUCCAAAACCACAAAAAAUGUCACAGGCCAAGCUGUACUCUUCCAAGGCUCCAGCGUGAAGAGUGCUGACCCUACCCUCCGGGGGCAGCUCUCCACACCCACGGGGUCUCCGCAUCUCACCACAGUCCACCGGCCACUGCCCCCCAGCCGCGUCAUUGAGGAGCUUCACAGAGCGCUGGCCACAAAGCACCGCCAGGACAGUUUUCAAGGAAGGGAAAGUAAAGGGUCUCCAAAGAAGCGAAUGGAUGUCCGUCUGUCGAGAACAUCCAGUGUGGAGCGGGUCAAGGAGAGGGAGGAGGCUUGGAGCUUUGACGGGGCCUCGGAGAAUAAGCGAACUGCAGCUAAGGAAUCCGAGGAGAACAAGGAGAACCUGCUCAUGAAUUCUGAACUCAAGGACGACUUGCUUUUGUAUCAGGACGAGGAGGCACUGAACGAUUCCAUUAUUUCUGGUGAGGAAAGGAUAAGUCAUUAAGUAUGGGGAUUUCGG